AUCCAUGGUGCCACCGUACACCCAAGAAGGGCAAGAGGUUAAAUUCUGCUCUUCCCAUCAUGGUAGUUCAUUAAAUUUUGCGUGCAACCAAUGCACAUCACAAUAUUCUAACGCAGACUGUCUGCAUAUUCUGUCAGGAGAUUUCACAACAUUUACCGCAACAAUUGUCAGCAACACAGACCCCAUAAGAUUUGGGAUGCUACUGCAGCACUGCUGACUUUCCUUUGUCCCAAUGCACGUCCAUAUGCAUGUGAUUCUGUCUCUGUCUGGAUGCUCCAAAGUAGCUGAGUGCGCAACUUGCCCUCCCCAGCUGCAACAAGCAAUAACAGAGGGACUUUUUGACUCGGAUCCGGAUUUCAAGUUCCACUCCAGAUCUGAGCGUAAAUCUGACAGGGAUUUAAAUCUGGUGCCAAGACACUCAACACAUCCACUGCUGAGAGAGUCCUAUGGUUGUGAAAGAUACUUCAUAGAUACUAGCCUUUCUUCAUGUGCGAAUACAUUUCAGCACUGUAAAUGUUGUAUUUUCAAAGAGAGAAAAAUCUAUAAAUCUGUAUCUUCACUGAUAGUUUAUUCAGUUUUUGUUUAUCUUUCCCUUCUCUGUGGCAAGUGUGUGUUUAUAUUUACGGUGAUUUUGGGACCAGUUGAAGCAGGAAUGCAAACCAAGAUAAAGCAUCAAGGUCAUGCCAAGGCGUCGUAUUUCCAUGUUAAUGAGCCGAAGGUGUUUUUUAAUACAUAAACAAGCAGCCUCACCUCUGCACGGGGUUUGCUGACUUUCACGAAGCAUGUGACUGAUCCAAAGGCAUCACCUUGCUGGAGGUUUUGGAAGUGUGAACAGGGAGCAGGUUACCUGGUUCACAAUCUUCCAGCCAUUGAGAGGGCAACUGGAAGGUCUGCUGCAGACUUUCCGUUUCUCAACGUGACCCCUUCCUCCACCGGAAAAGAAACAAACACUUGAAACGAAAACGAGAUUUGUUUGGUCGGGCCAGGAUCUUCUCCACAGGAAUUGGCAGCAGGGAAAAGGAAGAAAGUAGUGCUUGAAGGAUUUACUGGACGGACAAAGCAUUGUCCUUCAUUUUGGCACUUCUGAAGAAACAAGGAAUCAUGAUUUCCUGGCUGCUCCUGUGCUCUUUGCUGUCGAAAUCCUCUGCCAGCCUCCUGGAAGAUGAUACGGAACUGAAGAAGGGGAGGAACAGGAAGAGAUCCGAUUCGUCCAUCCCCAUUCACUUGUCUCCCGGCCAAGAGAGAAGCAUGGAAAUAGAUAAUUCAGUUCAUAGCACAAACAAUGUUAGCACGGUGACAUCCAAGGUCCCCAUCUCGGAGUCCACUGUACUGGAUGAUCAGCUGAAUCAUGUGGUUGGGAAAGGUCAGAAUGGCAUCCAGAGUCAACAUGAACCGUUGGACAGCGAUGUUGCAAAGGAGAUCAGGUACCUCGACGAGGUUUUGGAAGCCAACUGCUGCGACUCCGUUCUGGAGAAUGGAUCCAAUGUGCCAGCUUCUCCUGAGCCGACCACAGUUAUUGCAGAUGGGCAACGGCCACCCAUUUCCACAAGGCUUGACACUCCAGUCUCGCCCGACAAUGCCGUCGUAACCAUCGCGAGACCGGGUUCCCCUCUCAUGGAGCAGCAUGAAAUUGGUGGCGUGAAGACAGGCGAGAUCAAUUUGAAUGGCCAUUCCAUGGGGAGCACUGUGACAGAACCACUUGCCGAUCAGAAGAAUGAGGGAAGGGAGCAGCAGCAGGAGGGGGUGUCACCUUGCAGGAAGUCCUUAAAGGAUAACGAAGCAACCAUCAUCCCUCUGAAGAAAGAGGCCAAGUUUGAGCUCCGGGCCUAUCAUGAAGACAAGAAACCCUCCAAGCUUUUUGUGGACGAUGACAAAAACGAAUUCUACAAGAUUAAGAAGACACGAGCUUCUGAUGAAAUAGCUGAACUUGAAAAGGCAAGACUGGAAGUUAUUAAAAGCCAGGUGGUCAAGAAGAAUCCCAGUAUUGCAGAGAAAUGGAAGCCACCACAAGAGAAGUCCAUUGAGGAGCAAUUGGACCCAGAUAAGCUGGAAUCGCACAAAAAAUAUGCGGAACGCAAACAGAAGAAACAGAGCGGGGGCCUCUCCCCAGUUUCUCCAAGGCAGAAAGCCCACAUGUUUGUAACACCGGACCCCAUCAUUAUAAACAGGGAAGAUGUUGUCACAGAGCAGAUAGAUUUUUCCGCAGCGAGGCAGCAGUUUUUAAAGAUGGAGACCAAAUCAGAAGCCUCAGCUCCGCAUGGCCAAAAGAGGCCUAUUGCCACAAAAGGGGUCUCCUUAAGGCCAGGGACAAGGACGGCCGACACACCAGUGAAAGGCAGUGGUGCGGCUGUGGUCAGGGUGACUGCGCCGGCCGAAGCUCUUGGGCAGACAGUGCAAAUCGGGGCCAGUGAGGUGUCUGUUGGGAAAGCAUCCGAACUGAGCAUGAAGGCUCCUGAAGGGGAGCGGGGAGCUGCAAUCCAGAAGACUGCAGCAACACCGCAAGAUAACCAGCAGCAGGAGGAAGUGAUUGGUGUGGCACCCCUUCGACAGGCCUCCCCUGACCAAUUUAUCAGCAACACCACAAAACACCAGAUGGUUAGCAAAGUCUUUGUGGAUGAUGAAGGGUUUACCCAGGUCCGGGCGGUUUUGACGAUGCUCAAUGAAGAUGGCGACAGCGAUGUUUCAGAUCAGUAUUUAAAAUGCGUCGGUCUCCCUGCAACUGCAGAAGAGCUGGAUUCUGGCUUGGACGAGCUGUCCCUACGAUCACAGGACACCACUGUGAUGGAGACUCUCUCCAACGACUUCAGUAUUGAUAAUGUGAGUGACAGUGGUGCCUCCAAUGAGACCAUGAAUGUUUCCUUGGACUAUUCACUGGGUGGAUCUCAGGAGUUCUCCCACCCACAGACACCCCAGGCAAUAACACCCAUUGACAGAGAAAGCUCUCUCAAGGGGGAGUUAACCUCGAGCCCGCUCAGUGACGGUGAGCCAGACCGGUAUCGGGGGCCAUUGGAUGCGGACCGAGAGCUGCAGUACCGAGCAGAGAUGUUGGUGCAGAAUGCCAUUCAGCUGGCAUUGGCACAACAGAGCCACUUGGGUGGGGCAGGAGCGGGCGAAGGUCACCUGACAGCGCCGCCACAGCCCACAGGGGUGUUGGGGGGUGAGCCAGUGCCCGUCGACCCUUCAGGGGAUGCCCUGUCAAAAUCGUGGACAGCAAAGUCUGAGCCAUCACAGGCCCCAGUGCCGUUAGCACAGGAACGGAGGCCCUCGCUGCCGAGGGGUCCAGCGGGGUCUGUAAAGUGUAGCACUGUGGACGUCCCCCAGGCCAGCUCGCCACCUUCCCUGUACAAGCCCGAGUUCAGCCCCUUCAGUGACAGUGCCAGUUACCUGGAACCAACAGACUACUUGCGAGACAACGUCUUUGUCAGCCAUUCUCAGGAGCCUGAGGUCAUCGCUCAAACAGGGCCGUUUAAGCUGCGCACCCGCAGACAGAAGACUCUGUCAAUGAUCGAGCAGGAGAUCCGGGCAGCCCAAGACCGGGAGGAGGAACUGCGGCGCCAGAGGGAGGCCCUCAGGACUGUUCAAAGACCCACCAGAGCCAAACAGCCCACACUACCCCAGGCCUGUUCCUCCAGAACAACAGCUCCCGGGAAAAUUGAGAAGUCUGGUCCAAUGUCACCCUCAACUGAGAGCCCAAUACCACCUUCGCAGCCGGAAUGCACACCUACAGAACAGGAGCCUUCUGGACCAGGUCGUUCUAGGGGCCUGAUGGAGACGUUGCUAGAAGACUUUGAGACACAGAAAGUUAAACGGAGGGAGAGGCGGGACGAACCUAAUGUCCUUGAAGCUACCAGGGUGACCCGUCGAAAGAGUGCUAUGGCUCUGCGCUGGGAGGCUGGUAUAUACGCUAACCAUGAAGAGCAGCAGUAGUCCUUUACAUCAUCACGCAAGGGAAAAGGAUCAAGACUAACUUGUAUGUUGCCGAAGGACCGAUACAGUGCAGCACAUUUAUUCAUUUCCAAAGAGAAUGAAAUGGACUUGGAGCCACUGAGGUUUCAGAUUCAACCCAGAUACUGCAAAAGGAAGGAUUCCCUGACAGCGACUGCAAAAUGUGAAGAGCCAAUGCUUGUAUAUGUAUAAAUACAGUUAGUAUCCCUGUAUCUUUUUCUGCACAGGCUGUGUUUGAUUCACAGUUAAACAGGCUUCCAGUGCUGUUAGCCUCAUGUAUAUAGUCAUAGUCAAUCAUUUUGGUGUAUGCUUUUAUUUGUUCUUGGGUUGCAAGGUUUCUGGCAAGGGCAGCAUUUAUUGCCCAUUCCCGUUGCCCUUGAGGAAGGGUGGUGAACUGCCUUCUUGAACCACUGCAGUCCAAGUGAUGUAAGUACGCCCUAAGUGCUCAUUUGUCAUGUAAUGGUUUGCUAUGUGAUUUCAGAGGGUGAUUAAGAGUUUAUCACAUUGCUGUGGACCUGCAGUCUUUUAGAGGUGACACCAAGUAACAAUGGCAGAGUUUCUCCCCUGAAGGAUAUUAGUGAACCAGGAGAGCUUUUCUGACAAUCUGGUUGUUUCAUGAUCAAUGUUAAUGAGACUGUCAAAUCUUUUCAAAUGAUUAAUUGAAUUUAAAUUUGUAGCUACCAUGCUAUGGUUGGAACUCUUGGCUCUAUAUCAUUUGUCCACAUAGCCAGGUGAUUAGAUCUAGUACUAUUACCACUGUGCUACCAUUUUCCAUAUUUAUAUUUUAUAUUCCCUUUUAAUUAAAGCUAUUAUCUUUCUUACCUAUCUGGUGGAAAUAUGGCUUAAUGCAGUCUGCAAGUUUAGCAAGGAGUUUCGUCGAAAGCAAUAAAUUUCACAAAGGUGCUCAGCAGGAUGCUGUGGAGAAUCAGGCUGAAUGAAUUUAUUAUUUUCUCAGCCUAAGCCUGGAAUUUUAUCAUUGAUACAUCAUCUAAACUUUGGCAGCAGCAGAGACACAGCCGUCAUUUUGUAUGCUAACUGCACAAGUAAUAGACCAAGAACUUUGCUCUUUUGUUUUAAUUUAUUGAAGUGGAGCUAGUGACGUGACAUAGGAGCAAAGAAAUAUUGGACAUUUUGGUUCAUCACCUCCAGUGAAGAAAAGGAUUUGUAGAGAGUGUUUCCUUGAUGGUAGAUGAAAAACCAACAGUAGGACAGUGGACUUAUCACAAAAAAGAAAUCCUAUUUCUUUUGGCAACCUGCAUCUAAGAUACCCGAAUCAUGUGAUAAUAUUGACGCUGACCCUCUAUUUUUCUAAGGAUACUCUUGGUUAAAGCAUCAAGGUUGUGAGGCCCAGGUUCUCAGUUUAUCUAGCAAUUUGUUUACCAGCAUUCCAUGGAAGAGGCGGACUGCGAAACAGCAGUAAACAGGAGUGUAGGAUCAAACUGACCUGCACAAUGGACACACAUGGACAUGGUUAGUCACAAAAUCCCUAGGGCUUCUGCAGAAACUGUUACGUAUAAAAAUACAGCUUUGCAGGGCAAUAGGAAGCACAGAGCAAAAGCAUGGGGUUUUAAUAAAAGCUAAGAGGACAGAAUGGCCUAACAUUGUAAUUGUAUGAUCCUGUUUUCAUCAGGUAAUAAUUUGAGACUUACAGAAGAUUUUUAAUGUUUAUUCCUGUGCUUUUGCAUCUUCUAAAAAUGACUAGGGGCUGUCAGUUUUACUCGAAUGCAGUGUUUUCUUUGUUUUAAUAAAUUGACAAGACUAUUAAACUCCCUUUAGGAGCAAUUUGUACUACAAACAGUGUUAGAAUGACAUUGUGCCAGUGCUGUGACUUCAUGCUAUUGUGGUUCCCAGUCUUUUCAGUACCUCAUGUGCAUGUGUUACGAGUGUAGAUAGGACAAAGGCCGUAGGACAAUAAAGGUGUAUACUUUAUUACAAACCCCAGUCCCCAUCUAAAGCUGCUGAAUCCCCUCAUUGCAGCAAAGUAAUGAGAUAGCAUCAAUUGUAUUUUGCAAUACUUUAUUUUGAUUUUGAUUUUAUUCCUUUAUUUGUGGUGACAUGCAAUUUGUUCUAUGAGAAAUGAUUCAAAACUGAUCCAACAAGCCAGCAAACUUGACAGAAAAUUCAUAGUUACCAGAUUGAGUGAGGAGUUAAUCUUUCAAACAAAGGGAGGUACUAACCUGUAUUUUAUAUUCAUAUAUAUAAAUGUAUAUCUAUAGAUGUGAAAUAUUGCACAUUGAGAUUCUACUCAUGAGCCUGAGAGUUUACACAAGUAGCUACCUUUUCAGUGAUGUUUUUCUCUUUAUCAUAACAUUUUAGGUUGUUUUUAUCACACAGACCUGUAUAUAUAGGUUUAUUUGCUAUUCCAAAGGCUGUUGUCCAACACCAGUAAUACUAACAGGCUGACCUGAUGAUUAACCUAUUGUUCCACUCCAAGCAACCCAAAGUUCUUGGUACCAUAUGCCCAGGAAGCCAUUGCGAAAUCCCUGUUUUCCAAUGUUCUUGCAGUUUGUAAUGAGUGGAGAUGUAUCAGGGAGAUGGGUUUCUUUUUGCUGAAUUGUACUUAGCUUCUUGUUAGAGUUGUCAAUUCUAGUCAGCCAUAUUCCUGGAAGCUUUGUCGCAGGACCACCUGUGAUCAAUUGCCCCACUUUGACGUUCCUGCCAUGGUCAACAGGCAGGCCCAUAGCCACAGCAUCUUUCCUUGCCACAGCCAGUUGGGAAGCAAAAAGACUCUUCAUUACCUGAAUGGAUGAUUCUUGACUGUCAGCCAAAUGGCUUUCCUUUCACUCCAUCUUCAAUAUUCUUGUAAUGAGCCAAAUGUACAAACAAUUAUUUUAUUGGCCAUCCAACUUUUCUCCUGAGUACUGUUCGCAGCCAUGUCAUAGAGAUUAAUUUUCAAUUCCUGGAGAAUACAGAAUAAUCCAGAGGCCUGGCAACACCUAUCAUUGCCUUGUGCUCUCCACAUGUGUUUAUUCCAUUAUUCAGGAAGCCCUACAAUCUAAAGAAUAGAAAAAGACAUUUUAAAAGGUUGAAAUUAAAUUGUAUAAGGUACUCUACCUUAUCUGAGAGUUGAGAUAGGGAAAAUUCACCAGUCCGUUUGUAAUCAUCGGGUAAUUUAACAUUUAUUUUAAUGGCAGUUCAUUCCCAUGUUUUGCUCUGAAUGCUCAAAAACAUAUGGACACCAUUACAAAGGAAAGGUUUGACGGAGUCAGUUAAUGGUUUUCCUCUGUGAGCAUUUCCAUCUCCCCAUCUUCUUUACAGAAGCCUUUUUGCUUCACUAAAACAUAUUGGAUUUUCAGAUGACCUUUAUUUCCAUUCUUUCAUGAGAUGUAGGCAUCACUGACCAGGCCAGCAUUUAAUGCCAAUCUCUAAUUGCCCUUGAGAAAGUGGUAGUGAGCUGCUUUCUUGAACCACUAAUCUAUAUGCAGGAGGUAGUCCCACAAUGCUGUUAAGGAGGGGAUUCCAGAAUUUUAACCCAGGAACUGUGCUAUCAUUCCUAGUAAGGAUGGUGUUGCCACGCAUUCACUGUUUUUGGCCUUCAUCUCCUUGAAGAAAGCAAACAGCUAAAAUAUUAUUCUAUGGAAUCCUAAGCAGGAUGCGUAAGCAGUGUCUCUUCACACAAUAAUUUUUGCCAUAGCAGAAGCACUUAGAAUUGUGUCUUUUGAUUGAUUUUUAUUAUACCUCUAUGAAAAGGUUUCUCCAUUCAAACUAAGUGCACAUCGUGAAAGAUAUUGAGCUUGGUUCUGCAAAUCACUCAAUUGCUAUCUUUGGGGAGAUGAUCAAACAGGGGUGUCUUUACAGUAAAGAACACGUGGGCGGCAUGGUGGCACAGUGGUUAGCACUGCUGCCUCACAGCGCCUGAGACCCGGGUUCAA